CUUUCCUCUUCCAUCGCCCGAGAGAUGGUCGCGACUAGAGUCCUCCGACUUACAGCUGCCGUUCUAACAUCAACACGACUGGCCUUUGCCUCGACCAGCAGCGAGCACGACCAAUUCAAGCACGUAACAUGGGAUGACGACAACUCGGUCAUUGCAACCCAUGUGCUGGACCAAGGCCAUUAUCAGUCCCGGUUGACCCUCGCAAACGGCUAUUUUGGCAUAAAUGUCGCCGCAGCAGGGCCGUUUUUCGAAGUCGACGAACCAGUAGACGGCGACGUCAUAAGUGGAUGGCCGCUCUUCAGCAGGCGACAGACGUUCUCGACCAUCGCAGGCUUCUGGAAUAGCCAGCCGCGGACAGUUGGAUCCAACUAUCCAUGGCUGUAUCAAUACGGGUGGGAGAGCUUCAUUGCUGGUAUUCCACAUUGGAGCGGGCUCCUUGUCGAGGCAAACGGCGAGUUUCUGAACGCAUCCGUCAAUCCUGACCAUAUCUCCGACUUUGUCGCAAGCCUGGAUGUGAAGGCUGGUAUUGCGAGCUGGCGAUAUAAUUGGAAACCCGGCGGCUUUGGCGACGGAACCAUUGACGUUAACUACCAGUUGUUUGUGCACAAGCUCUACGUCAACAAGGCUGCCGUCAGACUGCGGCUUACGUCCACUCGGGAUGACAAUGUGACCGUGUACGACAUUCUGGACGGAGAGUGUGCCGUGCGCUCCGACUUUGUCGCAAAAAAGUAUGAAGAAGACACACCGACAAUCUGGUCAGCUGUGAGCCCGGGAAACAUCACCAAUGUUACUGCGUAUGUGUACUCGACUCUAGGCGCUAGUGAUUGGGUCGAUCUCAGCUCCCGUACCCAAGUACCAGAAGGUGUAUUUGGUAGUGGCAACGCGUCUACUAUUGCGCAGUCUAUAUCAGUCGAGCUGACCGCUUUCCGGCCAACUGAAGUGACCAAGUUCAUUGGAGUCGCAUCAACCGAUGCAUUUCCCGAUCCACAGGCCACGGCAAGGGAUGCCUCGCUUUCGGGCGCAAAAGAAGGCUUCCAUAAGCUUAUGCGUUCCCAUAUCGAAGAAUGGGAAUCCAUUUUGACACCAGAUGCUAUCGACGACUACCACCUACCGAACGGCUCUCUCCCGGAAGACCCAGAGGUGCGGCAGUUGCAUAUUCUAGCUCGUACAAACCCGUUCUAUCUUCUUUCCAACAUGGUCGGUCCCAAUGCUGUGGCCGCAGCUGGGAAUAAUACAAAACUCGACAUCUACAGCAUCCCGGUUUGCGGCCUUGGUUCAGAUUGCUAUGGCGGUAUGAUAUUUUGGGACGCAACUGUUUGGAUGGCUCCAGGAAUACAGGUGUCGCAUCCUCAGCAUGCGCAAAACGUCAUCAAGUAUCACGUGGAUCAUUUUGAGCAAGCGCAGCGAAACGUUGAGACAGCCUUCACUUCGAGCAAGAACCAGACGGGUCGAUUUACUCCAGGAGGUGCCGUGUAUCCUUGGACUAGUGCAAGAUUUGGAAACUGUACGGGCACCGGGGCCUGCUUCGAUUAUGAAUAUCAUCUCAACGGCGAUAUGAGCCUGGCAUUCAACAACCACCUUAUCAUUACGGGCGACAGCCAAUACUUUAACGACACCUUGCUACCGAUAUCCAACUCCAUUGCACAUUUCUUUGGCCAGGUCCUGGACUUUAAUGAGACGUCUGGCGCCUGGGAAUUAUGGAAUGCAACCGAUCCCGACGAAUAUGCCAACCAGGUCAACAACGUAGGCUUUACCACUGCGCUGAUACAGAAGCAUUUUCUCGAGACGAAUGAAUUCAAUGCUUGGUUUGGGCGCAGUCAGAAUGACAGCUGGACGGAGAAGGCUUCAAAGAUGCGGCUUCCUGUCAACGACAAUGCUGGCAUCAUUAUUGAGUAUACCGGCAUGAACGGAUCUGUUGCAGUCAAACAAGCGGAUGUAGUCCUCAUUGAUGAUUUACUACAUUACCCAAACAGGUACAGCCUGACUAACUUGGACUUUUAUGCUGCAAAACAAUCCCUCGAUGGGCCUGCAAUGACCUACUCUUCGUUUGCUGUCGUAGCCAACGAGGUCUCCCCAUCUGGAUGCUCGAGCUUUACAUACGACGUUUACUCCUCCUCGCCCUACCUCCGUGCACCGUGGUAUCAGUAUUCCGAGCAGCUCAUCGACAACGUGGAAGAGAACGGAGGAACACAUCCUGCAUUCCCUUUUCUGACCGGUAUGGGUGGAACCAACCGGGUCGCCAUCUUCGGUUACCUCGGCCUGGGAUUGUAUUACGACAAGUUGGAUAUCGAUCCCACUCUACCACCGCAAAUCGAAUACCUCAACUAUCGUACCUUUUACUGGAUGGGCCACGGCAUCAACGCCACUUCAAACUCGACGCACACUACACUAGCGCGUCUGCCACGAGACAAGUACACGCUCCCAUCAGCAAACGAAACCUACUUCGAUAAGCCCAUCCCCGUCACAGUCGGCACCCGCAGUAACCGCAACAUUACGACAUAUUAUCUGGGCGAAGAGCCCCUGGUGGUACGCAACCGACCCAUGGGCGAGGUCCUCACGGUGGGCGGAAACAUUCUUCAAUGCAAGUCCCUCCUCGCCCCGCCUCAAGGCAACAAACCAGGACAAUUCCCCAUUGCCGCUAUCGACGGUGCUUCAAGUACAAAGUGGCAGCCUGAGCUCGCAAAUAUGACGAGUUAUCUCACUGUCGACCUGGGUGCCUCUGCCUUUUACCCCAUCAAGAAGAUCGUCAUGGACUGGGCAAACCAGCCACCCACCCAUUUCGAAAUCUUCUUCUCCAACGCCACGCUCCCGCCGUUUUCCAAGCAACUAGCCGAUGACGUAAGGAGCGUGACGGCCGGCGAUGUGCAACUCAGUGCGCCUUGGGACCCCGUCUCGGCAUAUGAAAUCAGGCCGUACAUUGGCAACCAGACAAACAUCACUCUGGAAGAAAGCGUGUGGAGUGGACGAUAUGCCCAUCUGGGUGUGCGCGGAAACCAGUUUGCGCAUGAUGCGACGGAUGGGCCUACGGUUGCUGAGUGGAGCUUGGUGAGAGAGGGGUAUUGAGUAUCUUUCUUUACAUAAAACCUUUUUUUCACGGCGUUUGUAAAUGGUGUUAUGAUUGAUGGAUGAUGGUUGGAUGCUGGGAGUUGGGUAUAUGGGAUACAUGGUGUUGUGUGUUUUUUUCCUUUUAGUGGUAUUGGGUAUACAUCGU